AUGAAAGAACAUCUAUCCCUGAGACAAAAGGUUUACCGAAAGUGGAAAAGCGGUCAUUACRAGUUGAAAGAAGUUUAUGAUCCUAGAAGUGAAGGCAAUGUYGUUAAAAUAGUCGAGAGGGUUUMAGGAAAAAUAGUGCUUAAGAAAUMAGAAAUCGAAAGUCUGGUUAAGAGGUAUUAUGAAAAAAYGAAGGGAGAGGGGGCGAAGAAGAUUCGAAGAAAUAUGCAGAACAUUUAUUCUGGCGUUGCAGAAAAGAAUGUGCACAAAAUUUUGAACAAGAUGAAAGAAAAACAAAAACUAAGACCUCUCUUUAAAAACAAGGCUCCCUUUUGCCCUAUAACCGCUAAGAAAGUGCAGGAGUGGAACCAGGUCGACCUUGUCGACAUGAGUAAUUUGCCGCUAACGACCGAGGGCAAAACCUACAAGUAUAUUCUAUCUGUAAUUGAUAUCUUUAGCAGGUACUUACACCUUCGCCCUCUCGAAAGCAAGGAAUCUCUGGUUGUUGCACGUGAACUCAUAAGUAUUUAUUAUGAUCAUGGUGUACCUGAAAUCCUUCAAAGCGACCAGGGGAYYGAGUUCAAGGGGACAGUGGAAAAUGUCUGUAAGGAAAUGGGAGUGAAARUUAUUCGCAGCUCCGCCUACACACCUACAACACAAGGCAAAGACGAGCGUUCUCAUAGAACAUGGAAAGAGAAAUUGCGUUUUGACCUGAUGAAUUGUAACGAUGAAGGUGUGAACUGGGUACAAAAAUUACCUUUAUAUCAACAACUGUACAAUGAAUCUCCCCAUCGCUCUCUUUGCUUAGCGUGCCCCUUUGAAAUUUAUUAUGGCCGUAUCCCUAACCGCUUAAAAAACCGACUCUCAUUAAAUGCCAACGCUGCUACGAAUAUAGRCAUUGAGGAGGAGACAUUAGAACAGGAUACGCACUUUAAGGAGCCUACUUUGGAAGAAAUAGAGCAUUGGAGGAAUAUUCAAGAACUGAUCAGAGCUAAAGCUUCAAAAGCUUCCRAGAAAUCAGCGCAAACUAUGAUAAAAAGAAACUUGCAAAAAUUCCCGCCUUCGAUUUACCAUACUGGAGWAACAGUUCUUGUAAGAGUAAUCAAAAAGACUGCAGCAAAAAAGACUGGUACAAAGCUUACUCUAAAGACACAUACUGAAGAUGAAUCGAGCAGGCAGAAGUCAGAGGAAGCCGUUAAAUUUGCGAAAUCUGUACAUAAAAGAAGAAAGUCUCAAAACCAUGGGUCAGUAAAAAAAGCAAAACAUUCUAAUAGAAGUGAAAGUGUUCUGGACAAGGCAAUAACAAAGAUCACCAAUGUUAACAAACUGACAGGUGAGACCAUCAAUCUAUACACUAGCUAUGUCAAUGAAUCUUUUCCAUGUUCUGAUACUGUUAUAGCGAGCACAUUCUUUUACCCAUCGUUAGAUAGACUUGCUGAAAAGGAUAAAACUGUGCCUUAUCGAAAAUUCAUCUCCAACAAAAAGUUAAAUGACUGCGUUGAGAAACUGCUGAUUCCCGUGCACAUUCAAGAAUUAGAACACUGGUUGCUGGCCAUCAUCUGUAUGCUUMAACUUACGAUCACUAUCUUUGACUCUUUGGAAUUAAACGCCAAACAUUAUGCCGAUGUGUUUUCAAAGCUGAAAUCGAGGUUCAUCGCAAAGGAGAACCAAUGCAAUGAUGACUUUGGUCAAAUGGGAAUCCUAAAUCCUAAUAACUUCAAGGAAAUCAUUUCAAAUUUUGGCAAYGAACAUGUUAURCAAAUUAAUGACACUCAAGAUUUGCGUAAUGAGAUGGCCAACGACUUGCUUGAUCUCCCGAAGCUAGUAUCUUCUCCRCCUGACGACUACCGCUUCCCUCGAGRUGUAUUUGAAACGAAUGAAGCUUGCAGUAAGGCGAAUACCAAGGCUCUUUUGGACGGCCAAGUGAAAGAAGCAGGAUGCCGCUAUCGAGGAGAAAUUCCAAUGGAUGGAAACUGUUUUUUCCAUGCCGUAAGUGACCAACUCAACAGGCUUGAUUUCGCUUCUCAGUUGCAUACCAGACUCAGAGAAAACGUAAUUCAGUAUCUGCGAGAUCCCAAUACGCCAGAUGGCACUCACUUCUCCGAGUUUAUCAAGCAUAAUGGAUGGAAUUCUUACUUGAAACGAAUGCAAAGAGAUGGUGAGUGGGCUGACUGGAUUGUGGUGUGGKCAAUGGCCAAUAUGCUGAAUAWUGACAUCGCCAUAAUCUCAUCAACUGGUAGUUCCGGGCUGCGGGUCAUAAACCCACACACUGACAGCUCUGUGGUCUCCACCGUCAUCAAGAAGAAUGAGGGGAUGAUUCUUUUGGGGCAUCAAGCAGAAUUGCACUAUUUCAGUUUGCAACCAUGCCCGAAGACGAAAAUCACAAGUAGCAACGGUGGUGAUGAAAGCUCCAACCAAUCUAACGUCGCCCACGAAAUGAAAGCAAUGUAUGGAGGAGGGAAGAUCUCCGAGGAAAUUUGCCCGAGGUACAAUAAAAAGUACCAAAACUAUUCCAGUGGAGUUUACGAGCUUAGUAAAUCGAUGRUCUGCUAUUCCAGGGACCAAUAA